AUGAGCAAGAAGACUCUUGUCCAGGACCACCUCCGGAUCUAUCUGGAUGGCGAGCUACACAAUGAGGGCAACUAUCCAUCGCAACACUUUCGACCUGGCCAGAAGAUCAAAGGCGUCGCCAGCUACUCUCCCUCCACUGAAGUAAAAGUCCACACCAUGACUAUCAUCUUCAAAGCAACCCUCUACAACGAAAUCGUCGAGUCGGGACAAGCAAACUACGGUUCCGUCCGCACCGGCCACCAAAGCCUUUUUCGGUAUGAGAAAACCAUUCUUCAAGGUCCUCACAAAGUAUCUCCAAAACCUCACGAAUGGCCUUUUGAGUUCGAGUUGCCGGAGAGGAUCAAAGUGCCUUUUGUGGCAGAGUUGCAACCGGUGCCGCCGACUUGGAAUGUUAUUUCUGCGGCGAAAGUGCUGUAUUCGUUGAAGUUGUGUGUUAACCCGCAUAGAAAUACCAAUUCUAUGCAGAUUGAACGCGAUAUCAAUGUUUGGCCAUUCCAACAUACGGAAUUACCUGUCCCAGAGCCAGAAACGACCCUUCUUAUGGACGCUGCUGCGGAAAGUCAAAGGAUGAUCCCAAUUACGCGACGAAGGUCUUCUACACUGAGUUUGACUCAACAACUUUCGCGUAGACGUUCUUCUACUAUCAGUGUGCCUGAUCCUCUUCAACUCGCAAUCUGCAUGCCUACCUCCUUAGGCGCGUGGCAAAAAUUCGACAUCAAAUUACUCUGCCACAACUCCACCACUUCAGCUGAAACGCUUCCCUCCUUGACUCUCCAAACCUGCGAGCUUGCUCUAAAAGCCCAAGUCUCAUUCACAACCAACACCACCACGAUCACCUCCUCCGAAGACCCAAAACCCCCCUCAGUAUCCCCAUUGCAAAAUUCAAGUUACUAG